AAAUGGAUUAGGAAAUCAGACCAAAGCGUUAGAGCAUCUUAAAGCGACAAUCAACUUUCGAUAAGCCGAAUUACAUGGAGGAGAAAGAGAAGCAACACCAAUAAAAUUAGAAUAAUAUAUAAGAGGACUUGCAUGUCCAAAUAGAUAGUAGUGUGAAGAUCAUCACAAUUCCUGAGGUUCAUGAGGCCUAGGUGAUUCAAGAACAAGAUGAAAGUAUGUGAUUGUUGUAAUAGUUAAGUUCAUUUUCCAAAGAAAGUCAAUAAUUUAAGCGAAGCCGAACUCAUUAAGUUAGCAUUAAAGUAUGAUGAUUUGCCUUAUAUCUAGAAAACCUUAAAUAUGGGAGGAAGAAGAAUAAUGACUGUUAUGAUUUAUAUAUUGAAUGCAUAUAUCAUAUAAUAGUUUGCAC